CCAAUCCAUUCUGCUGCUGCCGCCGGGAGGCUGCUGAUUGAGCGUUGAGACCGCAGGACGCAAAAUUCUCAUCCCGGUUGGAGUCCAGCGGGCGGCGUGCACGGGGUCAGCCAUGGCCUUGGAGAUGGAGUCGCUGCAGACGCAGAUCCAGGCGGAACCACCGUUCUGUCGGUUGUGCUUCUCGACCGCCUGCGAACUGUACGAGCUCUUCCCGAACGCGGGCAACGAAAACGAAUCUCUGCUUAUCAAAAUACUCGAGGUUGUGCCCAUAGCGAUAAGCUUCGAGGAGGACAUAAAUUCCUACAUCUGCGGCAAAUGCGUCACACUGGUGGAGGAGUUUUACGAGUACAGGGAGAAGGUGAAGGAGAACGAUGCGCUGCUGCGCGAGAAGCGCAAGUCGGUGGACCACGCGACCAUCUACAACGUGGUCAGCAUGCAGCCGGACGCGACGCACAGCAGCAACUCGAACGGGGGCGCCAACGGAGGAUCCGAGCUGGGUGGCGCCGGUGGUGGUGGUGGUGCAGGCGGCGGCGGUCUCGAUGAGUCGCAGGUUGGCCUCGAACAGCGCAUAUCGCUCGAGGGUGGUCCACCGCUGAACGGUAACAUUUUGGAGUUCAAAAAACAACUCUUCACGGCCUCUCCGACCCAGAUGGGCGUCUGGUUGUGCGUGGCGUCGGCCAGUGACAUCCAGUGUCCGGCCGCCAUCGAAGUGGACGACAAUAUACAGGUGGUCGCCGAAAUCGGCCAACACAAUCAUGGGCUGCCCGUAUCGGUGGCAGAGAACCCGAUGGAUAAUCCAAAACAUUCGCAGCAACAGCAACAGCAGCAGCAGCAGCAACAACAGCAGCAACACCAACAGCAACAGUCGUCCGUAGAGGCCGGGACUUGCGUCGUGGUCAACACGGGCGGAUCACCCGACGGCCUGAUGUCGCCCUGUCCCGCACCGGUCACUACGUCCUCGGUCGGGAGCACUCCCAACACCUCCACCGGCAAGUCGUCGUCGUCGAAGAAGAAAAAAUCGCGCGACCAACCGUCGAAGCGAAAAGUGUCCAACGACAUCCUGGUAGGGGACGGUUGGCUGAUCGACACGACGAACUACAAGCGUAACCACUACCAGCUGGUCACGAAGGAUGGCUACCAAACGUUCCUCAUCUACAACGGCUACCGGUUCCGGACGCAGCAGAAAAUACGCAACGGCAUUGCGGCGUGGAAGUGCGCGUGGAACGGGCGGAAAGGCUGCCAGGCUAUACUGCACAUCACGGAGGACUACCAGAAGGUGAAAGAGGUCGGUUCGCCGCACAAUCACGAUCCGUCGCUGCGCGAUCGCAUCAUCUCGAAUAAACCUUCCAACGGUAGCGGUUCCGAUCAGAGUAUGAUCAUGCAGUCGGAUAGCGAGGAGCUGGGCGAGCUGCACAAAAUCACCACCACGAGUGGCGGUGCCGUUCUCGCGCCGCAUCCCGGCACCUCUUCCACGACGCUGGCCGGCGAAACGGUAACGCUGACCGGGGGGGCUGGCGGCACGCUAACGAUCACCGGCUCGACAUCGACGACGACGACCGCUUCACACGGCAUUACGAACAACGCUUCACUUGACCUCAGUUCGGACAUGGACUUUGUGCAGCAGAACAGUAGCAGCGGUAGCGAGCUGAUCACCACCACCGGGUCGUCCGGUUCGGCCGAUCACCAGCCGACGGCACAACACCACCACCACCAGCCGCAGCACCAACAACACGGGCAUCAUCAGCACCAUUCGCACCACGGCGGUCACCACCAUCACCACGAGGUGGUGGGCGGGGUGGACGAGGUGGUCAAGGAAGAGAGUACGAUGUCGAUGGACAUCGAGGAAAUCAUUCGUCCGCAUGUCGUGCUGCAUCCGGUGAACGAGUAAUUUCGAGGGACGCUGUCUCGCCAUGAAACACGAAGACACAGGCUAAAUGAAUGUGUGGGGCCGAUGCCUUGAAUUUGUGUUUAUUAUUUUCUGCUAGCAAUCAGGCAGAUCAAUGUUUUAACGGGAGGCUGCUCGGUGGUACCGGAUGGCCGAACCUGGCCGAGUCCUGUUGUUGGGCUCGCGAAGCGCGGCACAUUGGAAUUGUGGUUAACAUUUUCCUUUUUUCUAUAUAAUUUACACUUACGAUAACAGUACUGCUUUUCCCCCCCGUUGUGGCCCCAAGAAAUACUGUGUACGGGGACCGGAUUUUGACCGGAGAGAGAAGUGCCCCACGACUAUAAAGACUUCACAAGACCACGCCGUGACUCUCUCCGGUUUUCCCUAAGAAACAACAACAAAUCACCGACCGCGUGUUGGCCAGGG